GUGACUCUGGAAGGUUCGCUAUCAAACAGAAGGAAGAAAGAUUUUUUUGGGACUUCCAACAAAGUUCGGUAUUCUACAGCCAUGGAGGACGAAAUGAUUGAUUACGGCUUCGAGGAAGACAGUGUGAUGGUUAUCGAUGGCGAAGACGAAAAAUCAAGGGAGAAGGAAAGCGAAAGAAGCCGAGAAGUUUUCAUUGAACAAAGUCAAGCCUGUGCUAAGCAUUUCGAAAAAUGGUCAGAAACCCAACAAGUCGAAUUUGUCGAAUUUUUACUCUCGAAAAUGUGUCAUUACCAACAUGGACACAUAAAUUCGUAUCUAAAGCCAAUGCUACAGAGAGAUUUUAUAACCGCUCUGCCUGCUAAAGGUUUGGACCAUAUAGCCGAAAAGAUUUUGUCUUACUUGGAUGCAGAGUCCUUGUGUGCAGCAGAACGGGUUUGCAAGGAGUGGUACAGAGUGAUUUCAGAUGGUAUGCUAUGGAAAAAACUCAUUGAAAGGAAAGUGCGAACUGAUCCUUUGUGGAGAGGAUUGUCAGAAAGAAGGGGAUGGGGCCAGUAUUUAUUCAAAGCCCAAGUACCAGAGCUUCCUGACAAUGCUUCCUUUAGAAGACUGUAUCCAAAAGUUAUUGAAGAACUUGAGACAAUCGACACAAAUUGGCGUUGUGGUAGUCAUGUUCUUCACCGCAUUCUGUGCCACAGUGAGAAUAGCAAAGGUGUCUAUUGUCUGCAAUAUGAUGACCAGAAAAUAGUUAGUGGACUUCGAGAUAAUACAAUUAAGAUAUGGGAUAAAAACACAUUAGAAUGUGUCAAAGUUCUUACAGGUCACACUGGAUCUGUACUGUGUCUUCAGUAUGAUGAGAAUGUCAUAGUCACAGGAUCAAGUGAUUCCACAGUAAGGGUAUGGAAUGUCCACACUGGAGAAAUGUUGAACACCUUAAUCCAUCACUGUGAAGCUGUGCUUCAUCUUCGAUUCCAAGAAGGCAUGAUGGUGACCUGUUCAAAGGAUCGCUCCAUAGCAGUGUGGGAUAUGCAGUCUCCCACUGACAUAAACUUGAGAAGAGUUUUGGUUGGUCACAGAGCAGCUGUGAAUGUGGUGGACUUUGAUGAUAAGUACAUUGUGUCUGCAUCUGGAGAUAGAACAAUAAAGGUUUGGAGCACCUCCACUUGUGAAUUUGUGAGAACCUUGAAUGGACAUAAACGUGGCAUAGCAUGUCUACAAUAUCGUGAUCGUUUGGUUGUUAGUGGGUCUUCAGAUAAUACCAUAAGAUUAUGGGACAUUGAAUGUGGAGCCUGUCUUAGAGUCCUAGAGGGCCAUGAGGAAUUAGUCAGGUGUAUCCGGUUUGACAACAAAAGGAUAGUCAGUGGAGCUUAUGAUGGGAAAAUCAAAGUUUGGGAUCUUCAAGCUGCUUUAGAUCCAAGGGCCCCAGCUGGAACACUGUGUCUCAGAACUCUUGUUGAGCACAAUGGAAGAGUAUUCAGACUUCAGUUCGAUGAUUUCCAGAUAGUCAGCAGUUCCCAUGAUGAUACGAUACUCAUGUGGGAUUUCCUUAAUUACACUCCAGACCAAAAUGGAAAAACAACUGUCACCCCUUUAAGAUGACCGGCUUAUACAUGUAAGCUACCCCUAGCCCUUUGUUUAUCAUAUAUUUGUACAAAAAUUGGAAACCCUUGAUGAUAAAGAUAGGUGUAAAUAAUUUAUGGCACAGUAGUCCAAUCACGUAAUGGUGCUUAUGCUAACGCUUGUAGAGAGUCACAUAAGGGUAAAUCUUCAUGAAAAGCUUAAUAGUGGCAUGUCGCUAAUACUGUUUAGUUCACUGUUUCAAUUAAGGGAAUAAUGCCCAUUGGGCUGCAUGUACAGGUAGAAUAUAACAGUUUAUAAAUUAUUCUAGUAAUUGAUUUUAGAAGAGUGCUGUGUCACUUGAUACUUUCAGUUUGAUAAACUGGCAUUGCUGGGCAAGGUCAAUCACAUGCUGCCAGGUCUGUUGUAAACUAUUCUGAUUUUCAAUAAUCAAUUCAGGGCUUCAGUGGCCUAUCUAUAAUAUUUCCAUCUCCCCACCAUAAUUUCCUAUGCUCAAGUAUUUCAUUGUUAGAUAUAGGCAUGAGCUAUUGUAAUUUUCGUGUUCAUUUUUUUACCUCAGUUGACAGAGACCUUUAAGCUACGUGGGAAUUGUCUUGCUAAAAAACACCUGUGAUAUGUUAAACAACUUUUUUUCUCUUUCCUUGCCCUCAUAAAAUGAAUUGGACCUCCUGCUGUAACACUCUCGAAACUUCCAAAAUCACUGAGUUUGCCCCCUGACACACUGACCUGUAGACACUUUGGUUAAUUGUCUUUGUGAAAUGUUCCAUGGAAAUGAGAACAUUUGAAAAGGUAUGUAUUUUUGCAGAAUACUGUUACACAUUGUAACAUAAUUAUAAGCUAGGUGAAACAUUUAAGCCUAUAAUUACUUAGUAAGCAUUGUACGUGAACAAACUGUACAUCACAAGUUUCUGUUGUGGCUAGUGUGAAAAUUAGUGACUAAUGAUGUUUUGAAAUUUUUUUCUUGGCUUAUCUUCGUAUUCUUUACUGUGACAAAUUUUAAAAAUAUUUAAAUUUUAUGGGUAAAGUAGUGUUUGUUCUUACAUUUGGUUAUCUUGUUGUUUUUGUGGUGAUAAGUUCUAAACUUUAAUUUAUUUAUCUCUCCAGGCAGAAAGCUCACCUCUUGUCUCAUUGGUGUACUUCCAAACAAAUAGUUUUUGCUGUUACUUUUGUAGAAUUGACAACAGAUGAAAGUUCUGUGUUAAAAGUAUCGAAUGAUAAUUUUUUUCCUGCCAUUUUUCUUAUUUCUAUUCAAAAGUAUGAUAAAUAACAGUGGUGAGCUUUCUUGUGAGUUGGUUCUAACUUAGCUGAAAAAUCUUUAGUCUUAGGUAGAUUAAAGUCAAUCGUUGAAACAAGUACAUGUGAUAAUUAUCUUUAAAGUUCAAUUUCAUUAAGAUUAUGUAAUAAACUUUGCUGUAUGGUAAUUUUGAGUGCUUGUUCUAACGUGUGUUGUACAUAAUACGUGCAUGCUGUCGUUUCAAAUUUUUGUAUCUCUUGGUUUAGUAUACCAAAACUGUAUAUUAAAUUUUGUUUCAUGA